CCUGCAGCAGCGUCUCUCCAGUUAAAGCGGAGGGGGGAGAGGAGAAAGCAGGGACGGAGACAGCGGUGCAGCAUCUGUGCCGCGGCUCGGGGCUGAAGAAGAGGAGCCGCGGCGGCGGCGGGGAGGAAGAGGAGACGAGGAGCCCUCCCGGAGCCGUCCGUCGGCAGCGGGGGACGCGGCAUGCGGCUGUCCGGGGGCAGCGGGCAUUUCUCGGGAGGGAGAUGGAGAGCUGCGCUCUGACCAUGCCUGGGUGAGAGGGGAAAGGACCAGUCGCUCAGCCCCGCCGCCACCAACUACCACUACCACCACCAUCUCCUCUCCCUCCUCCUCUCUCUGCGUUACCGCUCUCGCUUUCUCCGCGGCACUCCGCGGUGGAUGGACUGGGGCUGCUUCGUGUGGCGAGACCAAGGCUGAGCCACCGGCCAACCCCGACGCUAUCUCAGAGGAAGAGAAAGAAGAAGAAAGAAGAGGGAGAAAGAGAGAGAGGGGGAGAGUGGAACAGGGAGCGAGCGAGCGAGCGAGCAAAGGAAGACAGGCAAGAAAAUCCCCCCAAUCUUUUAAGUCAAUGCAUAUUGUGGUGACACCGGCAAAGGAGCCCUCACGGUGGAGUCGGCCAGGGCUGUGCGUUCCCAAAAUAUGACCAGGGGUGCUUGGAUGUGCAGUCGGCAGUAUGACGACGGCUUAAAAAUCUGGUUCGCAUCCCGGGAGAACGAGAAACCCUUCGCGGAUUCAGAGAGGGCUCAGAAAUGGCGACUGUCCCUGGCAUCGCUCUUGUUUUUCACGGUCCUGCUCUCUGAUCACUUGUGGUUCUGCGCCGAGGCCAAAUUCACGGGCACCGGAGAGAAGGAACAGCCGCCGCCCGACAAGCCGGAGCCCGCGGAGCCGGAGCUGCCGCCGGGCAUGGGGGAACCGUCGCCCCCCGCGCCCCGGCUCCUCACCCCCCCCGAGCCCUCCCUCCCUCCCUCCCCCGGCAGCGGCGGCGGCGGCGGAGGCAGCGAGCCCCGGCACGGCGAGGCUGCCUUCCUGGGGAACUCCACCGCCGCGCCCCCGGAGACGUGCCCCCCGCCGGGCCGCUCGUCCGGACGCUGCUUCAGCGUGGGGGACGCCGAGGAGGUGUGCCGGCGGCGGGGAGACCCGGGACUGCCGCGGGGCGCGGGGCAGAGCCCGGCGCCCGGCUGGGAACUGAUGGAUUUUUACCUUUCCUUUUGUAAUUCCUACACACUUUGGGAGUUGUUCGCCGGGUUGUCCAAUCCGGACACUUUGAACUGCAGUCUGGAUGUGGUGCUGAGGGGGGGAGGCUCCUGCAGCCAGUGCGUCCAGGCUUACCAGCGCUACGACCAGCACGCUCAGGAGAAAUACGAAGAGUUUGAGGUUAUGCUCCAGAAGUAUUUACAGUCGGAUGAGUACUCGGUGAAAUCGUGUCCUGAGGAUUGUAAGGUAGGAGGCCCUGCUGUGUUUCCUGUCCCUCGGCGGCGGGCUGCCGGGGUGCCUUCCGUCUGCGCGUGCCGCGCCGUCCCUCUGCGCGUUGCGCUGUGCUGUGCGGGCGCUCCGCUUUGGGGAUGCUCGGGGUGCGCCUGGCGUCGGCGGCCGCUGUCCGCGGGUGGGAGCAGCUGGGGCCGCUGCGCAGGGCCCCCGGGUGAGCGCUGCUCUAAGGGAGGCAAGCAGACGGGGGAAUGUUAA